AUAUUCUUGCAAACUCUCAAGUCUUUAUCUCUCCCUCUUUUUUCUCUAUCUCUCUCAAAAAUCAAUUUCAACCCUCCAAAUUUUGGGGGAUCAUUUUCCAAGGAUAGACUUUGUUAGCAUUUCAAAUAUUUGGUACAACAAAAAUGGGAAGACAACCUUGUUGUGACAAAGUUGGUUUGAAGAAAGGACCAUGGACUGCAGAGGAAGAUAAAAAGCUCAUAAAUUUUAUUCUUACUAAUGGCCAAUGUUGUUGGAGAGCUGUUCCUAAGUUAGCAGGGUUGUUAAGGUGUGGAAAAAGUUGUAGAUUGAGAUGGACAAAUUACCUAAGGCCAGACUUAAAGAGAGGACUUUUAUCAGAAUAUGAAGAAAAAAUGGUCAUUGAUCUUCAUGCUCAACUUGGCAAUAGAUGGUCUAAAAUUGCUUCUCAUCUGCCGGGACGAACCGAUAAUGAGAUUAAGAAUCAUUGGAAUACUCACAUAAAGAAAAAGCUCAAGAAAAUGGGAAUUGAUCCAGUUACACACAAGUUACUCCCAAAUGCAAUUGAUCAAACAAAAUGUGAAAAACAACAACAAUUGCAAGAACAACAAAAUCAACAAGAAUCUUCUUCACCUAUUGAACAUGACACAAAAGUUGAAAAUGAGAAUGACAAAAACAAGGAACCUCAAAAGCAAGAAACAUCCUUUGAAUCAUCAACAAUCAAUGAAGCUAAAGAACAAGACCAAGUUAUGACACCACUUUUUGAUUCAUUGGAACUAAUGAAUGAGUUCUUAAUAGAAGAAGUUCCAAUAAUAAACUCAAAUGAAAUUCUAGUUCCAUGUGUUCCUUCAUCUUCAUCAAACACAACAUCAACAUCAUCAUCUUCAAAUUCAAAUUCAUCUAACUUCCUUGAAGAUUUGCUUCUCCCUGAUUUUGAUUGGUCACAUAAUUUUAAUGUUAAUAAUAAUAUUGAAAAUAAUAACUUUAAUGAAAAUAGUAAUAAUAAUAUUAAUAUGACAUUAUGGGAUGAUGACUUUAUUAGAAGUUGGGACUUUGUAAUCAAUGAUGAUGAUGAUGGUGACAGAAAGCAAGUGUUUGAGGCUCCUCAUAAUCAGUAUCCAAAAGUGAUUAUGGAUUCAGAAAUAUGGGCCUAUGGAAUGUUUUAGUUUUUAUUUUAUUUUAACACUGAUCAUAUGGCUUACUUGUAAUGUUCUUGUAGGUUGUUUCAAAGAAUAAAGAAAGAGAUUCAUAGAAAAUACCAUCUUUUGUUUAGGAGUAUUUUUAAUGUUAUCCACUUUUAUUUUCCAAACAUUUUACCUUAUGAUAAAAGUGCAAAAAGAAAUAGUAUGUAUAUGUGG